AUGAACCAUGUCAGCCCAACCAAGAAACGGCAUGGUCUAGCCGGCUUUGCAGAGCUUGGCUAUGAAGCGUACACUGUCGGAAUUGUGUGUGCUCUGGAAUUUGAGAUGAGCGCUGUCAGCUACAUGCUGGACAAAGAACAUGUCCGUUUGCCUAGAAAGCCUGGUGAUUCGACGCUAUAUAUUCUUGGAGAGCUUAGCGGCCAUAAUGUGAUCCUUGCUAGUCUUCCUGGUAGCCAGGGAAAGAGUACAGCAGCCGCAGUCGCAAAAGAUAUGGCGCGUACGUUUCCAUCGAUCGAUCUACGCUUGAUGAUCGGGAUCGGGGGAGGCGUGCCGAGUACAAAGAAUGAUAUCCGCUUAGGCGACGUUGUCGUUAGUAUGCCCGACAGUCAACAUGGUGGUGUGGUCCAAUAUGACCUAGGUAAGAGCACAGACGAUGGCACUGUCCUGAAAGGAUUCCUUUGGCCGCCAUCCGAGAUUUUGAGAAGUGCUGUGUCUAUUAUACGGUCUGAUCAUAGAAUCCUGCAGAGCAAAAUUCAUGAGUUCAUGUCGGCUAUGUUUCAGAAAAGCAAUGACCUUAGACUUUCGUAUCAGCGACCUACGGAGCCAGAUGAACUCUUCCAGUCGGGAUAUCGUCAUGUUUCUUACCUAGAAACUUGUGAGCUUUGUGAUAAGACAAAACUGGUCCAUCGUCAGUCCCGAGAUCCGAUCCCUAAGAUCCAUUACGGGCUCAUUGCUUCUGGAGAUCAAGUCAUUAGGAGCGCCUCAAAUGCAGCUGAAGUGAAUAAGAGGGUUGGUGGCAAUAUCUUGUGUUUCGAGAUGGAAGCGGCGGGGAUUGCGACAGAAUACUCGUGCAUCGCCAUUCGAGGCGUCUCUGACUAUGCAGACUCUCACAAGAACGACGCCUGGCAGUAUUAUGCCGCGGCCACAGCUGCUGGAUGCGCCAAAGAGCUACUUUCGUACGUUGACCUGCAGCAGCCUUCCAUCACAACUGAAGCCCUUGAUCAGAAUAAGUCUGAGUUGUCCACUGGCAGCCAUCUACCUGCACAAUCUAUCUUCCGCGGUCAAGAAUUCAAAACUCGGGGUCUGGCAAUAUAUCUGUAG